AUGAUAAGGUCCUCGCACAGACUUUCUCUCAUCGUCAACGGCAAGAAGAAGAAGAUGGAAGGGGCAUGGGCUAACCUUCCUGAAGAUUUGCUUGUAACAGUCUUUGCAAGAAUGGCUUUCAUUGAUCAAAUUCGAAGCCGUGCUGUUUGCAAGAAUUGGAAACAUCUGACUAAAGAUAUCAGGCCUUCAGACAAGUUGCCGAUGGUAAUGAUAUUGAAUUGGCAUGAGAGUCAAGGACGUGUUAAGAGUGUAUGCGAAUUAUAUGUACCAACCCAUGUCAGAGAAUUGACAAUUGAGAAAGAAUACCAGAGAAAAGAGCAUAGGAAAUAUGUUGGUGCAGAAGUUUGUGAAUCUAAAUAUGGAUGGGUGCUUUUCAGGAAAUCUCUACGUGAGACAGCUUUCUUCUUUGCAUACUCUCCUUUUUUUAAUGAGAUUGUUGAACUUCCCAAUAAUUUGGAGAGGUAUUUCCUACAGGGCAAGGUUACCUUUUCCUCAACUCCGACAUCUCCAGAUUGUGUGUUCUUCGCCGCGAAACAUCCUCAUAUCAGCAUAUGUCGUCGUGGAGAUCAGGCUUGGACGAAAAUUAAUGCCAGUUCAAUAAAUCGAUUUUAUGAGAUAAGAGAUGUGGCUUAUCUGAAUGGAGAAUUUUACUGCCUUCUGGAUGGAGGAUCUUUGAUAUCUUGGAACGUUGCUAGGCAAAGAUGGCGUCGCUAUGAUGCUUAUCAGGCCCCUUAUUAUUAUCAUGGGAAGGAUUGCUUGAUCGAAUCCGAUGGGCAACUACUAAGACUGAAGUACGUAACAAACAAUGAUAGAUAUUGGUGUCAGCUCUCAAGAUUUGACUUCUAUCAAGAAAAUUGGGUGGUGGAAGCAAGUUUGGGGGAUCGAGCUGUUUUUGUUAACUCAUCAUCGUUCUGUUUCUUGAUUCCAGCAGUAGGAGAAGCUAGCGAGCUGGCAGAGACAUUUCAUUUUUAUGGCCAUACGAGCUAUAAGGUAAAAGAUUGUUUUAUUUUUUAUUAUGGCUACAGAUCUUAUUCCUUCAUAACGGGUGAAGUUCUCAAGCGUUGUGAACCUUAUAGUAGUCUUCUUAGAGGAAAGUCUAGAGGAAUUUGGAUUCAACCUCCUCAAUUCAGUAAUAAUUAA